AUGGCGGCGACGGUCCCCGGCGCCCAGACGGUGGGCGUGCCUGGGGAGAAGAAACAGUGGUUCAAAAAGGUCCUGGGACUACUGCCGGAGCAGAACGAGAAGGAGCUGUACGCCAUCUUCAAAGCCGACUCGUUAUCGCGAUUCUACGUCCCGGCGGUCAUGAUGGGUCACGAUUCACCACCACCGCCAUCGUCGCGGACGGUACACAUCCUCGGAAAAGACCAGCGGUCCCUGUUCCUGUCGCACGCACUGCACGGCAUCUACGACUCAGUGAAGGCCAUCAACCUAAGAAGGAAUACGCCGUAUCAAAAUAUUUCCGGAAACGAGGGAGUGAGGAGGAGCGGAGGCUGGAUCGAGCCGAACGUCGCGCUUGAGGAGGCCACAGAACCGGACGAAGAUGAGGGGCAUAUCAGUAACCUGGUGGUUGCUGGGAGGCCGAGCGAGACAAUCAAAAUGCUCAACCAGGUGAAGCACCGGGUGGAUGAUCGGACGGCCGUGCUCUUCGUCCAGGACGGGCUUGGAAUCGCUGAGGCUGUCAACAAUGAGGUCUUCAAAGAUGAGGAGAGGCGCCCGUCCAUUGUGCUCGGGCACAUGAGUCACUCCCUGGCGUACGACCGCAAGACGAACUCGGUCAAGCUGAUGGCGCCUAACUAUGAAACCAUGCUGACGGGCGUGCGGCCGUAUACCGGCAAGAAGGCGGAUGCGACAGACACGUGGCUGCGAUCGCGGGGCAUGCUGGAGAAGUUUGCCUCCUCGGAGGUGCUCAGAGCCAAGGGCAUGGGGCUCGACAGCUGGAUGAAGCAUAAGAUCCCGUCGCUCAUGUUCUCGGCUGUGGUUGACCCGAUCUGCGUCAUGCUGGACUACCGCUACGAGCAGCUCCUCUACAACCCGACGGCCAACAGGCUCACGACACAGCUACUGAACGAGAUCGCUAACGUCGUGGCGCGCAUGCCCGAAGUCAGGAACUCGCCGGAGCUGCAGGCGAUGCUGCGGGGCGAGGGCAUGCGCAAGGAGAUCAUGGGGAAGCUCAGGGCCAAGGGCUCGGCGCCGAGCCAGAUGAAGUUGCAGAUUCAGCGCGGCAUGUUGACGGAUAUUAACUACCUGAACGGGUUCUUCAUCGAGAGGGGACAUAGACUGGGCCUGAAGCUGCCCGCCAAUGAGAUGAUUGUGGGCAUGGUGAAGGCGAAGCACAAGGCGCAGCUGGAUAAGCAUCGAUCAUACAUCCCUCUCGAAGUGACCUCGAGGAGAUGA